AUGCGUGCUAGAGCACGGAGACGGUGCAGCCGACCUCCCACCAUCCCCAGGGAGUCUCCAGCCGGCCUCCCUCACCACAAGACCUCCCACCAUCCCCAGGGAGUCUCCAGCCGGCCUCCCUCACCACAAGACCUCCCACCAUCCCCAGGGAGUCUCCAGCCGGCCUCCCUCACCACUAGACCUCCCACCAUCCCCAGGGAGUCUCCAGCCGGCCUCCGUCACCACAAGACCUCCCACCAUCCCCCGGGAGUCUCCAGCAGGCCUCCGUCACCACAAGACCUCCCACCAUCCCCAGGGAAUCUCCAGCCGGCCUCCCUCACCACAAGACCUCCCACCAUCCCCAGGGAGUCUCCAGCCGGCCUCCCUCACCACAAGACCUCCCACCAUCCCCAGGGAGUCUCCAGCCGGCCUCCCUCACCACAAGACCUCCCACCAUCCCCAGGGAGUCUCCAGCCGGCCUCCCUCACCACAAGACCUCCCACCAUCCCCAGGGAGUCUCCAGCCGGCCUCCCUCACCACAAGACCUUCCACCAUCCCCAGGGAGUCUCCAGCCGGCCUCCCUCACCACAAGACCUUUCACCAUCCCCAGGGAGUCUCCAGCCGGCCUCCCUCAUCACAAGACCUUCCACCAUCCCCAGGGAGUCUCCAGCCGGCCUCCCUCACCACAAGACCUUCCACCAUCCCCAGGGAGUCUCCAGCCGGCCUCCCUCACCACAAGACCUUCCACCAUCCCCAGGGAGUCUCCAGCCGGCCUCCCUCACCACAAGACCUUCCACCAUCCCCAGGGAGUCUCCAGCCGGCCUCCCUCACCACAAGAUGGACCUCUUCAAGUUCAAGUAUGUUUAUUGA